AAUUAUGCCCUAUCCAUACAUAACUCGUUAAUUUACCGGGGGAGAGCUGGUAAAAUCCUCUCUGGAAACCAGCCCAUACACACACCCGCGCAGCCUCCCAGAAGUGUAGAAACGGUGAUUACAGAUUUACAGGCUAUCAUCGUUUCUCUCUCUAGGGUUCACAGCCAUAUCUCUACAACCCUUCAAUGGCCGAAGUCAUGAACAUUCCCGUCGAUUCGCUCGACCGUCGCCGGGAUCGUAGUGAGAAGUCCACCGACGAGGCUCAGGAUUCCUCUCCACCGCCGCCUCCUCCUCCCGCCGCGACUCAGCAACAGCCACCGCAACAGACUUCCAGGAGGCGCGAUAGGGACUCUCGAGAGAGACGUGACGAACGCGACCUCGACCGACCUCCAAACCGUCGCGAUUACUAUGAUCGCAAUAGGUCUCCCCUUCCGCCUCCCAGGGGGAGGGAGCGAGAGUAUAAGAGACGGUCUAGCAUGAGUCCUCCGCCUCCUGUUUAUAGGGAUAGGAGACACUCUCCGCCCCAAAGACGGUCCCCUCCCUUCAAGCGGUCCAGAAGGGAGGAUGGCGGGUACGAGCCCAGGCGAGGCAGCCCUAGAGGAGGUUUUGGGCCUGGCGAUAGAAGGUUUGGUUAUGAUAAUGCUGGUGGUUAUGAUCGUGAUAUGGGCGGAAGGCUUGGUUAUACUGAAGAAAGGCUCCAUGGCCGGCACAUUGGCCGGCCAUCUGGUGGCUAUCAAGGUGGUCCUUCUGACUUGGAUUCAGACCGUGGGCAUGGUGACGCUUCCAACACAGGCGGUACUCAAAGAGAAGGUUUGAUGUCAUACAAGCAAUUCAUUCAGGAACUUGAAGAUGAUAUACUACCUGGUGAAGCCGAGCAUAGAUAUCAAGAAUACAAAUCCGAAUAUAUUUCGACUCAGAAGCGAGCCUUCUUUGAUGCUCAUAAAGAUGAGGAAUGGUUGAGAGACAAAUACCAUCCAACAAAUUUACCUGCCGUCAUAGAAAGGAGGAAUGAACUUUCUCGAAAGCUGGCUAAGGAUUUUUUGCUAGACCUGCAAAGUGGAUCGUUGGAGUUGGGUCCCGGCAUAAACGUCUCAUCUUCUUACAAAUCAGUGCAAACUAGUGAUCUAAAUUCUGAGGAUGAAGUAGAUGCUGGUGGCAAAAGGAGACGGCAUGGUCGGCUAGCGGGCAAAGAAGCUGACAUAGCUACGGCUCCUAAGGCUCAUCCAAUUAGUUCCGAACCUAGAAGAAUCCAAAUCGAUGUCGAACAAGCGCAGGCCCUUGUACGUAAGCUUGACUCCGAAAAAGGAAUUGAGGAAAAUAUUUUAGGUGGAUCUGAUAGUGACAAAAUUAGUAGAGAGAAAUCCCAUGGCGUUUCCACUGGCCCAGUUAUUAUUAUUAGGGGCUUAACUUCUGUCAAGGGUCUAGAGGGUGUUGAACUACUAGAUACGCUCAUUACUUAUCUUUGGCGCAUCCAUGGCUUGGAUUACUAUGGAAUUGUCGAAACAAAUGAAGCUAAGGGUCUCAGGCAUGUUAGAGGAGAAGGAAAGAGUUCUGAUUCUAGCAGUAACGGAGCUGAGUGGGAAAGACAUCUUGACUCCCACUGGCAAGACAGGUUGAGGGGCCAAGACCCCUUGGAAAUAAUGACUGCUAUGGAUAAGAUAGAUGCUGCUGCAGUUGAGGCCUUGGAUCCAUAUGUCCGAAAAAUUAGAGAUGAAAAGUAUGGUUGGAAGUAUGGUUGUGGAGCCAAGGGUUGCACCAAGCUUUUUCAUGCUACCGAGUUUGUGCACAAACAUCUUAAAUUGAAGCAUCCUGAACUUGUCAUGGAGCUAACCUCCAAAGUGCGUGAAGAGCUAUAUUUUCAGAACUACAUGAAUGAUCCAAAUGCGCCUGGUGGAACUCCUAUAAUGCAACAAUCUCUACUGAAAGAUAGACCACAAAGACGUAGAUUGGGUCCACUGAAUGAAGAACGUGGUGGACGUAGGGAACGCGACAAUAGAGCUAAUGGUGGUGAAAGAUAUGAUAGAGCUGAUCCGCAGUCUGUUGACUUUCAGUCUAAUAAUGAUGGUCUUGACAGGGGUAACCCUGAUGAACAUAUGUAUGAUGCUUUCGAUGGACAAGGAAUGCGUAUUGGUGCUCCUUUCCCCUCUGAUAUACCUCCACCAGUAUUGAUGCCUGUCCCUGGUGCUGGUCCCCUUGGUCCUUUUGUCCCUGCACCUCCUGAAGUCGCAAUGCAGAUGUUCAGAGAGCAGGGUGGUCCUCCUCCUUUUGAAGGCAGUGGUAUAAAUGGGAGGCUUGGACCGCAAUUAAAUGGGCCAGCCCCAAUUAUUUUACCUCCAGGCUUUCGACAGGAUCCUCGGCGUUUACGCAGCUAUCAAGACCUUGAUGCACCAGAAGAUGAAGUCACUGUUAUAGAUUACAGGAGUUUGUAGGUCGUCGAUAUUGGUCGAUGGUGUCAUGAUGGAACUGUGCAUUAUUCGGGAUGGGAAAGAUGGUGGAACUGUGCAUUAUUCGGAUGGGAAAGCACGUCCAUGCUUAGUUCUAUAUAUUAAUUCCCCGAUGGUUGAGCAGUUCAGGCAUAUGCGCUUUCUUCUUGUCUUUAUGGUCAUUAGGAUUGGAACUGCUUUCAGAUUCCUUGUGCUGCUUGCUGCAAUUUCCCUGCAGAAGCAUGUGAGCGGGAGGUGAACCUUGACUUUAGGCCCCGCUGGUUUUACACUUGAGAUAAUGUUCUUUUAUGUAGGUAUAUUGUGGAUUUAAACGUUUUAACUUUUAGCAGAUUAGGAUCCUUGUAAAAUGGAUGUGGAUGAUAGUACAGUUUCGAAUUUCAUUUCUUCUUUCUUUUUGC